AUGCCUCAGCUGAACGGAGGUGGUGGGGAUGAUUUGGGGGCCAAUGAUGAGAUGAUUUCGUUUAAAGACGAAGGGGAGCAGGAGGAAAAGAUAUCCGAAAAUGUGUCAGCGGAAAGGGAUUUGGAUGAUGUGAAAUCCUCCUUAGUGAACGAGUCGGAAAACAACAGCAGCUCGUCAGACUCAGAGCAAGCUGAGAGGCGCCCCCAAACCAGACCAGACUCAGAAAGUUAUGAGAAAGCAAGAGACUACUUCAAUGAAGCACUGAGGAGGCAGCAAGAUGGUGGCUUUUUUAAGAGUCCUCACUAUCCAGGCUACCCGUUUCUCAUGAUCCCAGACCUUACCAAUCCAUACCUAUCCAACGGGUCACUGUCUCCGAGUGCACGAACAUACCUGCAGAUGAAAUGGCCUCUUUUGGAUGUCCCUGGAUCUGCAGCACUAAAAGACUCCCGUUCUCCAACACCGGGGCAUUUAUCCAAUAAAGUCCCAGUGGUGCAGCACGCCCACCAUGUUCACCCACUGACGCCCCUCAUCACCUACAGCAAUGAACACUUCUCCCCCGGCACGCCACCAUCACACCUCUCCCCAGAGAUCCUCGAUCCAAAGACAGGUAUUCCUCGGACACCUCACCCGUCGGAGCUCUCUCCAUACUAUCCCCUGUCUCCUGGCGCUGUUGGUUCCAUCGCACACCCUCUGGGCUGGCUCAUGCCACAGCAGGGCCAGCCCAUGUACUCCAUCCCUCCGGGGGGAUUCCGUCACCCUUAUCCAGCGCUAGCAAUGAAUGCAUCCAUGUCCAGCUUGGUGUCCAGCCGCUUCUCCCCUCACAUGGUGACUCCGCCACCGCACAGCCUCCACCAGACCGGCAUACCGCACCCUGCCAUCGUCUCCCCGGCUAUCAAACAGGAGCCCAGUGGUGACAUGAGUCCCUCGAUGCAUGCCAGGAAAUCCCCCGUUCCUCCCAAGAAAGAAGAGGACAAGAGGCCUCAUAUCAAGAAACCUCUGAAUGCUUUCAUGCUGUAUAUGAAGGAGAUGAGAGCCAAAGUAGUGGCAGAAUGCACUCUGAAAGAGAGCGCUGCCAUCAACCAGAUCCUUGGAAGACGGUGGCAUUCCCUGUCAAGAGAGGAACAAGCCAAAUACUAUGAGCUGGCCAGAAAAGAGAGGCAACUCCACUCCCAGCUCUAUCCAGGGUGGUCAGCACGAGACAACUAUGGGAAGCGGAAAAAGAGGAAGAGAGACAAUAAACCCGACUCAAAACCAGAAGACUUCUCGAUAAGAAGCAAGAAGCAGUGCGUGCAGUACCUGCCCUCGGAGAAGAUGUGUGACAGCCCGGCGUCGUCACAUGGCAGCAUGCUGGACUCGCCGGCCACUCCCUCUGCAGCCUUGGCCUCCCCGGCUGCUCCCGCCGCCACUCACUCCGAGCAGGCCCAGCCGUUAUCGCUCACCACCAAACCGGAGGGACGCGUGCACCACCACUUCUCCCUAGCCGGGAAGGCUUCUGGAUCCACAUCUUCUUCCUCCUCCUCCUCCUCCUCCUCCUCCUCCUCCUCCUCCUCCUCUUCCUCCUCCUCCUCCCACACCCACCUCUCCAUCCCAAUUGGUACUUCAGGUAGCCAGUCGACCACACCCAUCCUCACCCGGCCAAUCCCCUUCACCUCCCUGCACCCUUCCAUGCUCUCCCCACCUUCCCCUUUCCAUCAGGCAGCCCUUCACUCCCAUCAUGCCCUCUUCCAGUCGCAGCCCCUCUCUCUGGUCACCAAACCAACUGAAUGAAUCCGCAAAGGCAAUUCUCUCCCAUUUAUUGUGCUGUAUAUUGCUUUUCCUUAAAAUAGGUAUUAGAACUGCUUUUUUUCUAAAUAAUGAAAAGGAAGAAAUAUUAUUGGUCAAUAUUUGACUGCCUCCUUUUCUACAUCUCUCAAUGAAAACAAAAUGUAUUUUUUGUAAAAUUUACUGCAGAACUGGUUUCUUUUUGAUGCAUUUAUCCAAUGAACCUCUUGUAUAAAAGAACCAAUGUACAUAAAGUUUCUUUAUAAAAACAAAAAGGAACAAAAACAUGUUUUCUUUUUAGCCAAAACCUGAUUAAUGUUAGUAUUAAGUUUAAGUCAUAGUACUGGCCAAUAAUUGCCGCCCCCCUUUUGAAUUCACGAGUGUGUGCCCCUUCUUUGACAUGUUAAAUAAACAUUUGAAAUUGUUUCUUAAAAGAAAUGCCUCUUUUUGUCUUUUCACGUUCCACCAGUCGAUGCUU